UAUUCCAUCUAGCUCAUACAUACCCAAAAUUGAAUUCGGAGCAAAAUAUUCCUCCGGAAAUUCAAGAAAUCAACCAUGUCUAAAUCAAGCAAGUCUCUCUACCCAGAAAUGAUCGAAUCAAAUCCAGAAUCUACUUCACAACUCUUACCGAACGCAGAUCAAAGAAGACCCACUUCGUCUUCCUCCUCAUCAUCUCUCUACCCUUCUAUUGAUUUGAAAGAUCUAGCCCAAAAUCUCUUUCCGGACGACGACAACCACGAUGUUCAAGUUGAGAUUCAGCAGGGUCCGGGCAGUCAGAGGAACAUAGCUUUUGAGUCAUCCGAGGAAGUAAUUAUCAAAAUCCCAGGUGCUAUACUGCAUUUGAUUGAUAAAGAGCAGAGCGUUGAGCUGGCAAAUGGACAACUCUCAAUCGUUAUGCUCCGGCAGGGUGAUAACGUCGUGGCGGUGCUCGCUAGGAUCGACGACAAAAUUCAGUGGCCCUUGGCUAAAGAUGAAGCUGCAGUCAAGCUUGACGAAUCCCAUUAUUUUUUCACUUUACGAGUCCCACCCGAAAGUACUGACGGUGUGUGGAGUGAAGAGAAUGUUUUGAAUUAUGGGCUGAAUAUCGCUGCAAAAGGGCAGGAAGGAUUAUUGAGGGAGUUGGAUGGGGUAUUGGAGAAGUACAGUGCAUUUAGAGCGGAGAAGGUGGCGGAGAAAGGGGCGGCUGAAGAGACAAAAAUGCCCUUUAAUUCCGGUCAAAUUUGUGCUUAAAGUCAUCGGAAGUCCUCAAAGUAUGCAUUUUUAAUUAUUUAAGGAUCAAUCGGAAACAAAUUUUAGAUGAGGGGCCAAAAGUUGACAACGACAAUAGUUUAAGG